CCAUCUGAUAGUAGGCUAAGGCGUUGUUUUCAUCGCCGAGAAUCAACUGUUGGAUUUUUAGCCAUUAGAGGUGGUACAAGAAAGCCAAGGAACAAUAUUUUUUCGACUGGAGAAAAUGCAAACGAAAUAUCCCGGGUGCGUGUUCCUUGCCGUUAUAGGCAUUGUGACGAGUGUGCCAAUUAAGAUGGCAGACAAUGUCCUCGACCUCAGCUACGAUUACGUCAACAAGGUUAUGCCCUACUUCCCUGGCAACAAAGCAUUCAACCUCAAGCCCGUAUUCAAGGGAACAGUAACUGUUGAUGGCUUCAAGAAAAUGUAUACUGCAAGGAAUGAGUUUGAAACCGCUGAGCACGGAGGAACCCAUUACGAUGCUCCAAGCCAUUUCUGCAACACUCCGAAAUGCUGGUACCCAGAGGACAUCCCCGUCAGUAUGUUCUACGGAGAAGCUUGCGUGGUAAAUGUGGCAGAGAGCGCGAACAAGACACCAAAUUAUGGCCUGUCCGUCAAUGACCUCAUGACCUACGAACGCAAGUAUGGAAAAAUCCCUCAAGGUGCUUAUGUCAUCAUGUACUCAGGUUGGGGAAAGUACUUCGACAACAAAACUGCUUACAUGGGUCAUGAGACGGAUAUGGAUAUGAUGGCGUGGCCAUCUUUUUCUCCCCAAGCGAUGAAAUGGCUCCUUGAUGAGCGAGACAUCAAAGGCAUUGGCGUCGACUCGCUCUCACUGGAUGUCCCCAGCCUCAAAUACAAACUGACACAUAUCUUGGCCAUGGGACGCAAUAAGAUCGGAUAUGAGAAUCUCGCCAAUGUGGAGAAAAUGCCCGCACGGGGAGCUACCAUCGUCGCAUUCCCAAUGAAGAUCAAAGGUGGCACUGGCGGUCCGGCGAGAGUUGUCGCAAUGUGGAAUGGCAGCACUAGGACGACUGUCAACAUACUCAGCCUCGUUAUAGCUGCUCUUUCCGUCAUCAUUUACUUUUAGUCGGGCACUUCACAUUACAGAAUUCUAAAACUACUGAACCUUUUUGCUUUAUAAUCUCACAGUAAUCCCCCAGAAACUUUCUUUCGCACCGUUAGUUACCAGUUGGCCAUACCAGAGACUACAGUCAUUAAUUUUAUGCAAACAGAAAACAACAAGCCUCUUCUUUCUUCAGUUUUAUUGGAAAAAACACAACUUAACAAAGUGAAUGUGCCCGUGUCCUGCGUUUGCACGGCAGCGCAUGUGAGUGUGCAACAUAUCGAUGUGUGUUGGACUGAUAUGACAUCAAAGAACGAUGGAACGAACGGAUUAUUUGCAAGUCCAAAGGAUUUCCCGAAGACAACUCCACAAUGCAUGUCGUUUGCACCCUAGUCGUAUACGUACAACGUAAGCCUAUAAACUGAGGUUCUUUUUGAGACACCCAUUUCAACAUUAUUUACUUUUCAGUCCAGCACCCGUUGUAGAACCAUCAAUUAAUAAACGAAACAUGAUUCAAUCAUCAAA